UUGGAUUUCAAAUCAUGUGGGUAGUGGUUCAUUUUGUUAAUGACAAUGCUGUAGAGGCGGUGCCUGAAACAUGGUAUAAAAAAAAAAAUAAAACAUGUGCUUGGCCAAUCAUAUUAAAAAAUUCUAAAAAACACAUUGUAAAACAAGAUUAUCCAGACGAAAAUAAUUAUAAGUGGUAUCCUGCGAGGAUUCUUGGAAGGAAAUAUGCAACUUUAGAAGAAGCUCGAAGCAAGACAAAUGUUGCCCAGUUUCAGUCUGAACUAUCUGCAAAUGAUGAAGAUUUAAUUUUACAAAAUAAAUCCAAAUGUAUUGGAAGUCCACCCUCGUUAAAGCCAAGUAAAAUGAAAAAAACGGAUACUCAAUCAAAAAAACGUGUGUUUGACGAAAUUGAUCAUAAUGAUUCAGAUAUUGAUAAUUCCGACGAUGAUCCUGACUAUACCCAACCUCUGUUUAUAGAUGGUAAAAUGAAAAAAACUGAUACUCAAUCAAAAAAACGUGUGUUUGACAAAAUUGACCAUAAUGAUUCAGAUAUUAAAAAUUUUGGCAAUGACUCUGAUUCUGACUAUUCUCAACCUAUGAUUCAAG